AUGGGAGGUGCCUAUACGAUUUUUGGUAGAUCUUUCCCUUCACACCAACUUGCCCUUGCUACUAUUGGAUUAAUGGGACUGCUUAUUGCUCCUAAUCCUUUUGCUAAGAAGGAAGAAUCCAAAAUUGAUUUCAAGGCUAGCUCUCCUGAGGAAGAGAAAUUUAUCAAGGAUUACAUCAAGAAACAUGCAACAGAGGCUAAAUAG